AGAUCAUCAGAAAUUUUGCAAAAAACUCAAAUUUCAAAUUAUUUUCAACAGAAACGAAAACGACGAAAAUAAAAUAUGAUUCGUUUUAUUCAUCAAUUGAAUGCAACAGAUUUGGAACCGGAUGAUUUAUUCGGUAGUAACAUUCAACAACAACAACAACAUCAACAAACAAAUCCUUUGGAUAAAAAUAUUCAAAUAUUUUUAAUCUGUAUUAUUUUGUUUGUAUUCAUUGUUAUAUGUGCUGUUUGUUGUUGUUUACGUUAUAUUGAAGAUAUGAAAAAUGAUCCUGGACAAAUUCUUAGUUCUUAUUCGAUACGAUCAAUGCCCGGUAAUAAUAAUCAUAAUCAUAAUAAUCAUCAUCCAUCACAGAUAUCGAAUGAUUGUUGCUGUACAAAUCAUCAGCUUCAUCAUCAACUUCAACCACCACCGCCACCACCAACACCACCAAAGCAACAAAAGAAUCGUGACCAAUUUGUCGUGGACAUUCAAACAAAAUCCAAACAAAAUCCUAAAGAAACGGUCAUCUAAAUUCGAGAGGGAUGAAUGGAUGGAUGGA